AUGGCAAAGAAAUCUCCAUUUGAUCUGUCCAAGUGUGCGAGACCGAAUAUAUUAGCAUUAGAGCCGUACAGAUGUGCCAGAGACGAUUACAAAGACGAUGGAACUAAUAUCCUUCUUGACGCGAAUGAGAAUGCGUACGGUCCUGGCUUGGAGAUGACCAAUGGUGCUGUCGAUGGUCAUACACAUGAGAAGACAGCCGAUCUACACAGAUAUCCGGACCCUCACCAAACUGAACUGAAACAACUGCUCUGUAACCUACGAAAUACCCACCAUCACACAACUAAAUCGUUGAAGCCACAAAGCCUCUUUGUGGGCGUUGGCUCAGAUGAAGUCAUUGAUGCUCUUCUUCGAUGUUUUGGUACUCCUGGGCGAGACAAGGUCUUGGUCUCUCCGCCAACAUAUGGUAUGUACGCUGUCAGCGCCCAAGUGAACGACCUUGAGAUCGUCAAAGUGCCCCUAGAUACGUCCAGAAAUUUUAAGCUACGUCCAGAAACCAUCAACGAUGCUCUUUCUUCAGACCCUAAUAUCAAAAUCGUGUACAUCUGCUCUCCUGGCAAUCCUACCGCCAAUCUGAUCACCAAAUCAGAUAUCCAGCAGGUGCUCGAGCAUCCUACAUGGAACGGUGUCGUUGUCCUAGAUGAAGCUUACAUCGACUUCUCUCCUGAAGGAUCCAGCUUGGCAGAGUGGGUGACGGAGUGGCCCAACCUUGUCGUCAUGCAGACUCUCAGCAAAGCAUUUGGCCUUGCCGGUAUACGCCUUGGCGCCGCUUUCACAUCUCCAGAGAUUUCAAGCCUCCUCAAUAAUCUCAAGGCGCCCUAUAACAUCUCAAGUCCUACGAGCGCAUUGGCUUGUGCUGCUUUGCAGCCCAAGAAUCUGGCUGUCAUGAGGAGGAAUCGGCAAAGGAUUGUGGAGCAGCGAGAUCGAAUGAUGCGGGAGCUGCCGAAAAUACCUGGAGUGGGAAGCUUUUUAGGUGGGGCUGAAUCGAACUUCCUGCUAGCCGAGAUCCUGGAUAGACCAAGGAGUAGAGGGGGCCAACCGAGCAAUGAGACUGCUUUGGCUCUUUACGAGAGGCUGGCGGAGACAAAAGGGGUCGUGGUGAGAUUCAGGGGAAAGGAGGUGGGAUGCCUCGGUUGUUUAAGGAUCACAGUGGGGACUGAGGAAGAGGUGGAUAAGCUGCUUGAGGAGAUGAGAAGUGUGCUACAAGAUAUAUACCGGAAUGGAUCAAUUGGGGGGGCUGAGGAUGUUCAAGAGCAGGACGCGAACGAUAUUAUUGCUUGA